AUGAAUGUCAAACACUGGCCAUGGAUGAAAGUUUACUACAAGAUUAAGCCUCUGCUGAAGAGUGCUGAGACUGAGAAGGAGCUGGCAACCAUGAAAGAGGACUUUACAAAAUGCAAAGAAAAUCUUGCCAAGGCUGAAGCCAAAAAGAAGGAGCUUGAAGAGAAGAUGGUGGCACUGCUGCAAGAGAAAAAUGAUCUGCAGCUGCAAGUGGCUUCUGAAGCUGAGAAUCUCUCAGAUGCUGAGGAAAGGUGUGAGGGUCUGAUCAAGAGCAAAAUCCAGCUGGAAGCUAAGCUCAAAGAGACAACUGAGAGACUGGAGGAUGAAGAAGAAAUCAAUGCUGAACUGACAGCCAAGAAGAGAAAACUUGAGGAUGAGUGCUCUGAGCUAAAGAAAGACAUUGAUGACCUGGAGCUGACCUUGGCUAAAGUGGAAAAGGAGAAACACGUCACUGAGAAUAAGGUCAAGAACUUGACUGAAGAAAUGGCAUCUCAGGAUAAGAGCAUUGCCAAACUUACAAAAGAGAAGAAAGCUCUCCAAGAAGCACAUCAGCAGACCCUGGAUGAUCUUCAGGCAGAAGAGGACAAAGUCAACACCCUGACCAAAUCCAAGACAAAACUUGGUUUUUGAUGUACCUUGGAGAGGUAUAUCCAAGUUCUAGAACAACAUAUGCUCCCAUCCAGACAUUGUCUCUUUCAGGGAAGGGCUUGCAUUUUCCAACAUGACAAUGCCAGGCCACAUACUGCAUCAAUUACAACAUCAUGGCUGCGUAGAAGAAGGAUCUGGAUACUGAAAUGGCCAGCCUGCAGUCCAGAUCUUUCACCCAUAGAAAACAUUUGGUGCAUCAUAAAGAGGAAGAUGCGACGAAGAAGAAAUAAGACAGUUGAGCAACUAGAAGCCUGUAUUAGACAAGAAUGGGACAACAUUCCUAUUCCUAAACUUGAGAAACUCGUCUCCUCAGUCCCCAGACGUUGGCAAGGCAAGGCAAGGCAAGUUUAUUUAUAUAGCACAUUUCGUACAUAAUGGUAAUUCAAAGUGCUUUACAUAAAAGAAAGUAAAAAUAGUAACAAAAAUAAAACAAGCCAUUUUUAAAUGAUUUAGUUACUGAUUUGUUACUGAUUUGACAUGACUACUGAAACUAAGGUCUGUCUCCAGAAUCACACCAAGAUUCCUGACUUGAUUUUUAGUUGUUUGACCCCUAGAGUCAAGGUAUGCAUUCACCUUGAACACUUCAUCUUUGUGUCCAAAUGCAAUGACUUCAGUUUUUUCCUUAUUUAACUGAAGAUAGUUCUGGCACAUCCAACUAUUAAUUUCAUCAAUGCAUUGGCAGAGGGAGUCAAUGGGGCUGUAGUCAUUUGGAGAUAAGGCUAGGUAAAUCUGGGUAUCAUCAGCAUAGCUGUGAUAGGCAAUUUGGUUCUUUCUCAUUAUUUGACUUAGUGGAAGCAUAUAAAGCCAAAAAAGAGCGGCGCAAGAAUUGAACCUUGUGGGACUUCGCAUGUCACGGACGUCCACUUAGACUUAUGCUCUCCUAUACUCACAUAAUAGCCUCUCCCUUCUAAGUAUGAUCUGAACCAUUUGAGUACCAUCCCAGAAACCCCGACCCAGUUUUCCAGUCUCUUUAGUAGUAUGUUAUGAUCGACAGUGUAAAACGCAAUUCACUGUCACAAUUUAAGCGAAUAUCAUUUAUUAUCUUAAUGAGUGCUGUCUCUGUGCUGUGAUGCGGUCGGAAACCAAAUUGAAAAUUGUCCAGGUAUCCAUUUGAGUUUAAGUAUUUGUUUAGCUGAUUAAAAAUGACCUUUUCUAUAAUUUUGCCUAUAAAAGGAAGAUUAGAUAUUGGUCUAAAAUUGCUCAAAAUUGUGUUAUCAAGAUUGGUCUUCUUCAGGAGGGGCUUAACAACUGCAGUUUUUAGGGAGUUUGGAAAUGUCCCAGAAAGAAGUGAGGCAUUCACCACUUCUAAGAGAUCUGCUUUUUAGCAGUCAAGCACACUUUUGAAAAAAGAUGUGGGAAGUGUGUCAAGUCAACAGGUUGACGAUUUUAGUUGCUGCACUAUGUCUUCCAGAAUUUUGCUGUCAAUUGUUUCAAAAAUAGACAUACUGUAGUAUCUUUUUGAUAUUGUGGCCGAAUCUGUCUGACCUCUGCAUUACUUUAUGUGCUACUCGCCUUCCUGAUAUUGAUGAACUUCUCAGAAAAGAAAGAAGCAAACUCAUUGCAUUUGCUGUCUGAGAGCAUUUCACUGGGAAUCUGACUUUGGGGGUUUGUCAGUCUCUCAACAGUGGCAAAAAGAGUACGAGUGUUAUUUAAGUUACUGUUUAUAAGGUUUGAGAAGAAAUUCUGUCUAGCUGUGGCUAGUUUCACAUUAAAAGCAUGAAGGCUAUCUUUACAGAUGCUAUAGUGAAUUUCAAAUUUCGUAUUUCUCCACAUCCGCUUGGCUUUUCUGCAUUGUCUUUUCAUAGUCUGAACUGCUGUUGAUCUUCUCCAAACUGAUUUCUGUCUGUUUGUUUUCUUACUGACUCUUAUUGGUGCAAUAUCAUCAAUAACAUUUCUUAAAGAGCCAGUAAGAUGAAAAUUCUAAGCUUCCUAUCACUGUUUAUAAGUCCUGUACAUUAGGUUUAAAUCCAUCCAAGGUUAAAAAACAUUGUCAUUUUGCCAAAAUAUAAUUUUAAAAUAACCUCAAUUCUCAGAGAUCCCCAAACGGUUCGCGCGAAGCUGUUCAAAAGAUUCAGUUUCCUUAAACCCCACCUUUCGGUAGCAUAUUGUGUUCUGAUUGGUCAACUGACAUAGUCAGGUUUGAUUGGUUGUUUCGCACACACCUCCACGGUAAACUAUGCGUUAGCAUCUGUUUGGGGUGAAUUAUGUCUUAUUCCUCUCAUCUCGAAGCAAACAGUAAAAUAAAAAAAACUUGAACAGUCUCGCUGCUUUUUCUUCUGUGUGGGUGUAUUCAAGCCGCGCGCUUCAGUUUGAAUCUGAAUAGCGCGGGGGCGUGGUCACAUAUAACGAAGGGAGACAUGAAAAACAGACAUAGCGUUGUUUUCAUAUGUAUUACUUUAUCACAGAAUAUCUGUUUGGCAGCACUUGUUUAGUUUUAAAGUAGACAUGUCAAGCUUUCUAUAGAUAUCUCUCUCAUGUCUCUUCGUUGAGUAUUCACAGAGUUACACUUCAUUUUAAUGACGUGUUUGUACAUGACGAUCAGCGCAGACAGGCUGCAGACAGCACACAUACUGAUAAGACGCUCGGGAGAAAACAGACACAUAACUUCAUAAUCAUACUUCGCGUUAUGAUUCGGAGAUGCUCGUUGUUCUAAAUAAAUUUGGUAAUGAACCCUCUUUUAUGGCCAAAAAUCCCGCUGUACUCACCGAGAUUAGAAAAGCAGUCAUCAGUGAAAUGUUGUGAACAGAACAAAAGGGAUUUGUUGUACUGCUCUGGUAUUGUGGUAAAAAUAAAUUUUAGCCAUUGGUUCUUCUGAUUUUCAUUCUUUGGCAGUGAAAAUAAAACAAACUUGCCUUUACAAUUAAAAACACACUGUCUCCUCGACAUGAUGAUAUCACACCAACCAGAGCGUCUGUGCGUGGGGGGUGGGGCAGUUCAGAGUUCCGUUUCUCCCAAGAUGGUAGGCGGAGAUUAUUAUGCAAAGUGUUCCUAGUGACGUACAUAGAGAUGAGCAAAAGAUUUUACAUCCAUAACGACUCGUUUCAGCGAUUCAGAGUCGACUCCUUACUUUAGAAGCCAAUAACUUUAUAAAUCGUGUACUUUUUGGUUUAAUUACUUUGCACAUUGUUUACACUGAUGGACAGCUACAUCAUACACUGUAAUACAGGUAAUUUUUUAUUUCCCAUCUGUGUGGCUCUUUAACUUUUGAGUUGAAGGAAUCAAGGAGAAUAUCAACAGAGUCUGCAGAAAUGCUUGGUGUUAAAGAUAUAGCCUCCAUAAAUAGUACACUUGUGUUCUCGUUUAUGCAUCUCCUUCUGACAGAGACAGAUCUAGAUUCAGAAGUAGCAGAGAUCAAUACAUCAAAGAAAAUACAGAAGUGAUCAGGUAGUGCUAUGUCCUUAGUAACAAUGGAUGAAAUGUUUAGACCCCUACUGAUGAUUAGAUCCAGAGUGUGUCCACCUUUGUGUGUGGGUCCAUGCACAUGCUGAAUCAGGUCAAAAGUGUUUAGAACCGUUAUCAUUUCUUUUGUAGUUUUGUUUUCUGCAUUAUCUAUGUGAAUAUUAAAAUCCCCUGCAAUUGCAAAAAAACUCUGUAAAUAAUAAUAAACAGAAUGUGUGGAGCACCUUUCAGCACAAUCCCUAGAUAUUCGAAAGACAAGUACUGACCAAAUGACACUUGCUUGCAUUGAUAGACAUCUUUAAAUAGAGCAGCUACACCCCCACCUCUCCUAACAGUCCUGUAAACUAGGGCUGCACGAUUAUGACAAAAAUCAUAAUUGCCGAUCAUUCCUUUGAAAUUGUAAUUGCAAUUAUUAAUUACGAUUAUUACAAUUUACAUUGAUUGAUGUUUUAAGUAGCUUUAUACCA